AUGUCCGCAUCAGUGGGGCUUUUUAAACCUGAGAGGCAGCCUCGCCUCGACGACCGCCCUUUUAAAGGCAUUGGUCAACCAUGGCUCCUCUUUCCUUCCUCGCUUGAUCGGUGGGCUAUAGUCAUCAUUACUUUUCUAGGUGUGAGUGUGGUCAACAAUAGGUACAGUGGCGACUGGCCUUUGAGAGUGUCUCUGGCGAGCUCUCGAAUCCCGACAAGUGGUGUAUUCCAUGUUGUCCAUGAUUCUUGCGAAGGUUGCUCGUCAAUUUCAACUCUGCUGUCACAGGAGGUCACUGAUUUGAAAAUAAAGUUAGAAAAAUGUGAAGCUGAACUUGAAAAAACCAGGAAAGCUAAUGAAUCGAGCCUUCUUCCAUUGUCAAUUUUAUCUGUUGGCUCACACGUGGAAGCGCUGGUAACCAGUGAAGCUGGAUGUGAUGUCAGCCAGAUGCUUGUCCCUAGGAUAGCAGCAGGUGUUUCUGGAACUGCAUUGGCUGCUUCAUUGCUUCGUGAUGGUUGGAGUCUUACUAAAAUGUAUGAGAAAUAUCAAGAAGCUUCAGAUGCUCUACGACAUGAGAAAUGGGGUCGAAAACAUGCAGAAGCAAUAUUGGAUCGGGUUCUACAUGAGAUUGAGCAGAAGGCUGAAAUGAUUUUAGAAGAGCGAGCUGAGCAUGAGAGAAUGAUAGAAGCAUAUACUGCAAUGAAUGAAAAAUUGCAGCAGGCGCUUGUGGAGCAUGAUAGUUAUGAAAACACUACAAAGAAAUUGAUGGCUGAUUUGAGGCGGCAUGAGCGAGAAUGUUCUAUUGCGCAAAAAGAAAUAAAUGAUCUCCAAAAGCAAGUAACGGUUUUACUUAAGGAAUGCCAAGAUAUUCAACUUCGCUGCGGAGGUAAUCCACCGAUACCGAUGGAAGAUGCUUUGACCACUAUUUCUGCAGUUACCGGUGAUCUAAUUAGUGUUGACACGGUUAUUUCUGAACACAUUUUGACUUUCAAGGACAUAAAUGAACUAGUUGAACAAAAUGUUAAACUUCGAAGCCUUGUGCAUAGACUUUCUACUGAUGAGGAGAAAAAGGAAGCAGAAUUGAGGUAUAAUUUCCAAGUUGAACUUCAAAGAGUGGCUGAUGACGCAUCAACUAAGGUUGAGGUUGUCCUAAAAAGAUCUGAGGAACAAGCAAGCAUGAUAGAGUCUCUUCAUAGUUCAGUUGCGAUGUAUAAAAGAUUGUAUGAAGAGGAACAUAAAUUCCGGACUUCAAGCUAUGCAUCUACGACAGCUGUUUCAGAUGAAGGCAAGAAAGAGCUCAUGCUUUUAUUUGAAGGUUCACAGGAAAUUUCCAAGAAAGCAUAUGAGCAACUCUCUAGUCGUGCCAGAAUACUGGAAGAAGAUGUAGCAAGAUUGAGUACAGAGCUUAUUUCAGCACGAGCAGAGCGUGAUAAAAUGUCUCUAGAAGCUAAUUUUUCUAAGGAGAGGCUAGAUAGCUUCAUGAAGGAAUUUGACAAUCAGAGAGUGGAAACCAAUGGAGUUUCUGCUAGAAAUAUGGAACUGACACACUUGCUCAUUGAUUAUCAAAAGAGACUUCGUGAAAGUUCAGCUUCUUUGCAAGCCUCUGAAGAGAAUUCACGGAAGCUAUCUAUGGAGGUAUCAAUUUUAAAACAUGAAAGAGAAAUAUUGGCGAGUUCUGAGAAAAGAACUUCUGAAGAGAUUCAGACUUUUAUGGAAAGAGUGCAUCGCCUUCAGACAAGUCUGGAUACCAUUCAAAGUGCUGAAGAAAUUCGUGAGAUUGCUAGAGUUACUGAGAGGAGGAAACAAGAUGAUUAUUUCAAACGACUUGAAAGUGAUUGGGCAGAAGCUAAGAGAGAACUUCAGGAGGAGAGGGAUCGUGUUCGUAUUCUGACAGUUGAGAAGGAAAGAGCACUUGAAACUUCCAUGAGCCAAGUGGAAGAUAUAAGAAAAGAGCUAGCCAAUGCUUGGUUUUCUGUUUCUACUGCUGAAUCUAGAGCAGCAGUGGCUGAGGCUCGAUGUUCUGAUCUUGAGGCAAAAAUCAAAAGUACUGGAAAACAGGCAAGCACUGAGGUUGGCAAUCAUGAACACUCAGGGUUUUCUACGAAUGAGAUAUCUGAAGAGUUAUGGAAAGCAAGGGAGGAGCUGGAGAAAGUUAAAGAUGAAGCUCGUGCUAGCAAAGAGUACAUGAUGCAGUACAAAGAAAUGGCUCGCACAAAUGAAAUUGCGUUAAAGCAAUUAGAAUUGGCACAUGAAGGUUACAAGUCCGAGACUGUCAAAAUGAGGAAGGUGCUUGAGGAUGAAGUUCAAUCUCUAAAAAACCAGGUUUCUGAGCUUGAAAGAAAGUAUAUGUUGAAAUGUGAAGAAGCUGCCUCUGCCACUGAAGCCAAAGAAAAAGCUCUUUCUUCUGCAAUGGUUGAAACUUCAAGAUUGAGGGAUGAAGUUGCUGAAAAAUUAACGAAGUUCAGAGAGUUGGAAAUUCAAGUAUCUUCACUGCAAGAUCAUUUGGAUAAAGAACAAAAGCGGUGGCGUAUUGCCCAGGACAACUAUGAAAGACAGGUAAUCCUUCAAUCUGAGACCAUUCAGGAAUUGACAAAUACUUCGAGGGAACUUUCUCUUAAGCAAGCAGAAAUCUCAACGUUACGUGAGCUACUGGAUGCUCAAAAAUCUGAAAAUGAUCUUAUGAAGUUAUCAUGGGAAACAGAAAAGUCUGAACUACAACAGACGAAGAGUGUGGCAGAAAGGAAAUUCAAUGAAAUGCAUGAACAGAAUAAAAUUUUGCACAACCGAUUGGAAGCAUUGCAUGUUAGGCUGGCUGAGAAAGAGCAUAAUUCUGUUGGGCUUUCGGCAGUUAGUUCACAAGGAGAUGGUGACCUCCAGACGGUUAUAAGUUAUCUGAGAAGGUCCAAAGAAAUAGCUGAAACUGAAAUAACCUUGCUGAAACAAGAAAAACUGAGGCUGCAAUCCAAAGUAGAUGGUGCUCUAAAGGCCUCUGAAUCUGCACAAGCUUUGCUUCAUUCUCAGCUUGAGAAUUCCAGAGAACUUAUGUUAAAAGAUGAGGAAUUCAAGUCUCUUCAGCUUCAGGUGAGAGAAAUUAAUUUGCUCCGGGAAAGUAAUGUACAGCUUCGGGAAGAGAGCAAGCAUAACUUUGAAGAAUGUCAGAAACUCCGUGAAGAGGCUCAGAAAGCUAAAGCAGAUGCUGAUAAAUUGGAAAAUCUUUUAAAGCAGAAGCAAAUUGAAGUUGACGGCUUUCAAAAAGAUGCGGAGUUUCUGAAGAUUGACAUCAAUAAACUGAACAAUAGAAAUGCUGAGAUGCUUGAAAGUUGCAAGAAUAUAAACAUUAAUGAGCACGAAAAGAUUAAGGAUGAGCUCGAACAAGUUAAGAAUACUUUAGUUCAGAAGCAGGAAUUAAUAAUGAAGUUGGAGCAAGACCUUACUAAUUGCCACGAGGAAUUAUCUGAAAGAGAGAAAAAGUUUAAUGAUGCUCAAAAUGUUGAGGCAAACCUUAAACUGGAAUUUGAUAAACAAAAAAAGCUUCUACAUGGUUCGAAGAGCAAAAAUCUUUUAAUAUCGAAGGAGAAGGAGGAACUGAACUCUAAGAAACAAGCACUGACAAAGGAGAUUGAGGAUCUGAAAAUCAUAAACCAAUCAAUAAUGAAAGAGAAGGAGGAACUGAACUCUAGAAACCAAGUAUUGACCAAGGAAAAGGAGGAUUUCAGCAGUAAAACUCAAGCCACAGCAAAGGAGAAGGAUGAGUUCAUGUCCAAAAUCCAAGCGUUAGCAAAGGAGAAAGAGGAGCUGAACUCCAAAAAUCAAGCAAUUCUGAAGCAAAUUGAAGACUUUAAAUCUGGAAGGAAUGUUUUUGGUGAGAGUGAGCAAGCCAAACAAUUACAAGAAAAGGACACCAGGAUACAGACCUUGGAGAAAACUUUGGAGCGGCUGAGGGAUGACAAUCGGAAUGAGCGGCUAACAAGGAGGAAGAAUGAGACAAUGAUGGUAGAUAUUACCAACAAAAUUAACAUGAAUAAACAAAAAGUCGAAGAUGAACUACAGAAGCACAAGAGUGCCAUUUCUAUUGUAUUAGAGAAAACUGGAAUGUUAGCUUCCCAGCUUCCUUCAGGGAGUUCCUUGGAUGAACUAACUGUAGCAUACUUUCAGUCUGUUAGUUCUUUUGAAGCAGCAAAAAAUUCAUUCCUUAAUGAUGUUGAGGGACCCCAAUGCUCCCCUGCAAUUGCAUCAACUUCAGAUAAUUCUGCUGCUCCUACAGGUCAGAAGGCUCAAACUCAGCAAACUAAACUGCCAAGACCCAAGUCCAAAUUUACUGAAGAAAGAGAAAAAGAAUCAACUGUAGGCAAAACAAAUGUUGAAGCGCGCAAGCUAGGCAGAAGGUUUGUGCGUCCUAGUCUUGAAAAGCCCGAAGAACUGACAACUGAUACUGAAGUCACUGUAAUGGAAACUUCUAGCGCUUCCGAGGGGAAACAUAAUUCAUCUAUUGAAAAUGAAGUAAUUGGGGACAUUUCUAUUGCCCAACCAACAAUUGUUCGGAAACGUCAUGCCCCUUCUGAGCCAGAGAUACUGGAAGGAUCUACGGUACAAGAUGAAAUUAAUAUUGCUGCUCCACCUCCCUAUAAGAGGACAAAAGAAUCAGAGAUAUCUGAGAUCUCUGAAGCUUACGAUAUUCCCCAGUCAUCUGAAAAUCCCGACACAACACCACUGGAAAGAAUGCCACCAUCUGAAGUUCCUGAAUUUCAAAUAUCACAAACUAAGGAAGAGUUGGAACUUGAUAAUUUGCCUUCAUCCUCAAAUGAGGGUAAUCUCAACAUGGGAAAGGAAGAUGAGGAUAACGUCCCUGUGAAUGAAGAAGCAGAAGAGCAGCAAAAGGAAUACUUUGAUGUUGCAAAUCCAGAAGAGCUUCAAUUUGAAGGUGAUAUAAUAAUUGAGGAGUUGUCAGACGCCCUUGAUCAAGCCCCAAAGAACGAAGACAUAAAGGACAUUUUGUAUUCUGCAACUGAAGGUGAAGGGGGGGACAAGGAGGAAGGUGAGUUAAUGGCGGAUGAACCUGAGCAACAGCCAGAUGACCUUUUAUCUGAUGAAGGCCAGCAUGGUUUCAGUAUUGGGGAAGGAGCUGGCAGCGGUGAUGAAGCCGACGAUGCUGUCGAGAUUGCGUCUCCAAACAAUGAGCAAGGUGCUCAUGAUUCUGUUGAUACAAGCCUGGUAACUGAUGCUGAAGAUGUUGCUGAAGAUCCUGAGAAGCGUAAUAGUAGUAGCAUCAUUGAUCAAGCCACACUUGGUUCCGAACAAAGCGCGGAAAUAUCAACAGGAGUACGUGAUGAGACCCCAACCACUUUUCAACCAUUGGCCCUGAACGCUUCUGCUGAGACAGGAGAAUCUCAGCAGGCAAGAAGUUCGAGAACCAUAUCAAUUUCUGAGGCCGCAAAGAAGAAUGCUCAAAUUAGACAAGCAAGAUUGGCAGUGCCGCAACAACAGCAACCGCAACAGCAGCAACAGCAAAAACCACCAUCCAGAGGACGAUCUACCUACAGGAGAGACAGAGGCCGCGGACGUGGAGGACGUUGAUAGUCUUUUGCAGGGCUUUCGUAGAAAGGAAAAUCGUGUGCUCUCAAAAAUGACGAAGUAAUAACUUACCCAGUAUUGCCAUAAGUGUACUCUCUAAAUAUAUUUAGCUUUCACAUUAUUAUGCUAGAUUGUUUUAAGAUUACAAGUAAUUUUAACGUUUAAAGCAUUAUACUAUUCCGUGAAUGCAGUCGAUGGAUACUUGCUUCUC